AUGACAAAAAGCAACCACAACCACAACCAAAGCAAUGACAGCCAAGAAUCGCAUAUAUCGUCGUCAGUAUUUCGCGGACAACAAUCUACCGAUGAUUCCGGUAUUAAUGUCGACGAAGACAUACCGGACAACAACCACCACAAGCGUAGCCAACAAAAGCCAAUAUUACGUCAAACGCCGAGCACUACAUCGCAAACAAAUAACUCGAUUACGUUUUCACCAAAACGUGUCGGCACUGGUGGUGAGCAUCAACAUCAUCAUCAACGGUCGUCCAAUUACCAGAUACCACCGUCCAUUGAAUAUAAGACAUCUACUAUUAAACAGCAUUACUAUCCGGAAGGUGCCUGGGGUUGGGUUGUUGUCCUCUGUGUUAUGAUCUUCUAUAUCAUUACGUUUGGUCUGCAAUUAUCUUACGCUGUAUUUCACUAUUAUCUAUUGAGACAACCGUUUGGUAAUGGAAAGCAUAUGUUUGGCGUAAUAAUCGGAUGUCUAUCCACUUCCGUCACACUAUUUUUGUCUCCGGUGGUCAUAUCUGUUUGUCGGCGCAAAAGUGUCCGAUUGAUUGCUAUAUUGGGUGGUCUGAUAACAGCUUUGGGGUGCCUUUUUGCAUCAUUUGCCACACAAAUGCAUCAGAUAUUUAUUAGCUACGGUAUAAUCGUAGGUGUGGGCGUCUCAAUGAUAAGGGAGACGGCUGUCAUCAUGAUAGGACAGUACUUCAAAAAACGCCGAGAGUUUGUUGAGGUGUUUGUGAUCUCGAGCUCCGGUAUAGGAAUCGCUUUUAUGCCACAAGCGGUCACAUAUUUUAUCAGUUCAAAGAACUGGCGGUUUGGUUUCCAAGCGAUGGCAUUAAUCAGCUUAAUAUCAUUUAUAUUAUCGGUUCUCUACCGACCAGUUUCACUCUAUCACCCGCAGAGACGGGCUAUACUUCACCUGAAGAACCUUCAAAAGAGAUCUCGAAUUAAAGCUAAGAAAGAUCUGAAACAAAAAGAAGUAAUUCAAAAACAAUGUUCAUCGAGUAGUUCCCAUUUGGGUACAUCACUGGACAAACCACCCUAUUUGGACUUUUCGGUGCUCAAGUCGAGAACCGUUCAGAUAUUGAUUUGUGGCACUUGUAUAUCAUCUAUAGGCACGACAGCACCUCUGCUAUUAUUAAUGCCACAGCAGGGAUUAAAUGAUAGCAACAAUAACAACAACAACAACAACAACAUAGUUCAUACAUACAACUCGUUGAUUCUAUAUUUAGGGAUCGGUAUGAUUUUGGGCACCAUUGCCAAUGGCAUCCUUAUAGUGAAUAAUUCGGUUAAAUGUAUGAUUGCCCGCCAAUACCUAUGCCAGGGUUCAUGUUUUAUGAUGAGCGCAAUACUAGUGAUAUUUGCCGCAGUACUUGAUGGUGACAAUAAGUUUGGUGAUUAUGUAUUGUUUGUCUGGACGUAUGGCUUCUUCUAUGGCGGCUAUCGAUACUCUUUGAAAAUGUUUAUCUAUCAAAAAGUUAAGGCAAGAAAUUUUAAUACCGCCUGGAGUUGCAUACAAUUUUGUCAGUCAAUACCCACCGCUAUUGGUGUUCCCAUAACAGCUAUACUUAACAAUCAGUUUGGCGACCGUUCCGGUUAUUAUUUGUCAUCGCUAUGCAUAGCAUUGGGCUCAUUGCUACUGUUCCUCAUCGAUGCCCACCAAAAGCGUGUAGCAAACAACAAACGAAAGAUUGGUAGUGUCUGCAGUACAGACAUGGGAACCGAUACAUUGGACUCUAUUGAUUGA